AAACUAACAAUACUCCCUCUUGGAUUAUUCAUCUUGACCAAGAAGAUAUUCUUGAAUCUAGGAAUUCCAGUGAUAAAGAACCAGACUCAGACCACGAAUUAAAUAUUGACCUAACUGACCUUGUCUACACUGUCCCACCUUCUCCACCUCCUGUUUAUUAA